AUGAUAGACCCAUCACUGAAAAGAGAGCGUAGUGAUGAAGUGCACGAAUAUUCCAAGCGAUAUCAAAUCGAGAAUGGAAGCAGACAGAGAAAACUCAUUGGUAUUCUUGUUAAUUUGAUACCUGGGAAGGAGCAAAAAAUUUCAAUCUUUGACUCUGCAAUUACGACAAUUGGAAGAAGUCGAAGCUGCGAUGUGGUACUUAUGGAAUCGGAUAUUUCAACAAUUCACUGUCAAUUAUGCACGAUAAGAAUGAACGUAGAUGGAAUAAAGAGACAGUUAAUCAAUAUCGUGGAUAAGAGCAGAAAUGGGACCUAUGUGAAUAGUAACAGACUUUCAAGACGGGAUUAUAUUUUGAAAAAUGGCGAUAAAUUAGUUUUUGGAAAGAGUUGUUCAUUUUUAUUCAGGUACGUAGGUUUCGAAUAUAGUGAGGAAGAUAAUGGUGGGAGAAAACAGGAGGAUCCAGCAAUAAAAAAUGAUGAUGCAGUUUUCAAAAAGCCUCAAUUAGGGACUAAACCGACUACUAUUGAAUCAUCUGCUACAUGGAAGAAAACCAGACAAACUUCUGUUUUUGAUACGUAUGUUAUUGGUAAAGAAUUAGGUGUCGGACAUUAUGCCACGGUAAAAGAAGGUAUCAACAAGAGAACGGGAGAAAUUGUUGCCAUAAAGAUCUUUCAUUCACAAUUAAAUGAUGAUCAAAAAAAGAAUAAGCAAUUUAGAGAAGAAAUAAGUGUUCUUCUUCGAGUGAAACAUCCGAAUAUCGUGAACCUUUUAGAUACUUUCACAGAGCCUGUAAGCAAAUCCCAAAUACAGAAGUACCUUAUACUAGAGAAAAUUGACAGUGGCGAACUCUUCGACCGAAUAGUCAGGAAGACUAAUCUUAGUGUCGAAGAAACAAAAGCGUUGUUCAAGCAAAUCCUUGUUGGUCUCAAAUAUCUGCAUGGCGAAAACAUUAUCCACAGAGAUAUAAAACCUGAGAAUAUCUUGCUCAAUAUCACUAAACGAAGGCACAGUCAUGAGAUACAGUUAGGUCCUUGGGAUGAGGAUGAAAUUGAUAUACAAGUUAAAAUUGCAGAUUUUGGGCUAGCAAAAUUCACAGGUGAGAUGCAAUUCACAUCAACACUUUGCGGCACUCCCUCCUAUGUUGCCCCAGAAGUCUUAAAGAAAACAGAGUAUAGCUCAAAAGUAGAUAUGUGGAGUGCUGGCGUUCUGCUCUACGUAUGUUUGUGCGGAUUUCCUCCAUUUAGUGAUAGCUUGAGUCCCCCAUCACUAAAAGAGCAGAUUCUUGGUGGCAUAUUUGCUUUUUACUCGCCAUACUGGGAUGAGAUAGACGAUAGCAUACUGCAUCUGAUAUCGAAUUUACUGGUGGUAAAUCCAUCGGAAAGAUACAGCGUGGAAGAGGCAAUAUCUCAUUCCUGGGUCAAGGGGUCCCCUCAAACAAGUACUGCAUCUGCUGAGAUAGAGCGACUCGUCAUAUCGCCCGAGAAGAUACCCAAAACUUACUCUGAGCUAUCUAAACUAUAG